AUGCCUCCCACGAUGGAACAAGCAAACUCUAAUCUUCAAACGACGCAAUGCAGGCGGUUCAAGAGACAGAAUCAAUGGAGCAACCUGCAUACCCGCGGCGAAAACGAUGGGCCCCAAAGACAAAAACAGGAUGUCUUACUUGCCGGUACGGAUGCGCCGCUAGCUCGCCGAAUAAAAUGCGAUGAAUCGAAGCCCUUUUGUAGGCGCUGUCUAUCCCUCGGCCGCACAUGCAAGUACAUUUCCACGAAUGGCCUCAUCGAUGAGUCUGAAGUUGUCAUACCACUUGAACAGCCACUCCAUGUAUCACCGCGACCCAAGGGCGUGGACUCAAACCCCCGAGAGACGCAAAUAUUCGACCUCCUUCGCACACUAACCGUCCAUCAACUCAUUGGACCUUUUGGCCAAACAUACCAGGCAUUCUGGACAGUCGAUGCUUUACUCGCCACGCAGGCAUACCCGGCAAUAUGGCAUGCCAGUCUGGCAUUGUCAGCCAUGCAUCACCGAAUGAGGCUCGGCAAAAGCGAAGCAGACCAACUCCUCGCAAAACAGUACUACACCUUCUCCCUCACCCAAUACAACAUAUCCAUACGGCACCUCGUUGAUCUCACGAGCAAGGCGCACCUCUCCUACUUUGACAAGGAAACCGUCCUAUUCGCCAGCAUCCUCUACGUAGGCAUCUGCUGCGCCCAGAGAAACACCAAAGACACAAAGCAAGCCAUAGCUCAUAUACAGAAUAUGCUGCCUCUCUUCUACCGCUGGAAAUUCUGGGAACUGUCACCUACAUCACCGGGAUCGUCACAUACUGGCCGUCUGCACCACGACACUCUAGUCCAAAUCAUCCAAUAUCUAGAGUAUCAAUUCGACGAGUUCAGCGACAACUUCCCAGGCGGACUAUCGCGAGAUCUGGACAGAGCAUCCACUGAGCCUUUCAAAUCCGUCGCAGAAGCCUACGUCGAAUACGUGCCUCUCCACUACGGCACAUGGAUCUGCGGAGGAUGUCCCCAUCCCCGCCGCGACGACGAGCUACAAGUCCGUCCGUUUCGGGACGUCAAACUAGAUUACGCGCGGAGACUACGGUCGUGGAAGAUGAGGUUCCGUACUCUGGAGCGACGGGCUGAAUUCGAGCGCCAGGACCUGCACAGUAUUCGUCUAUUACGGCUGCUGUGCGACUUUGAGGAUAUCCCGCGCGCCUUGUACAAAGAGCCCAAAACAGAGACAUACUGGCGGCAUCAGCACAAGUUCGAGAGGCUUGUCGAUGAGGCGGAGGCUCUACUUCAGGAAGCUGAGGGGGUGAUGGAUCUAGACACGUCGUCGCCUGUGUUUUCGUAUUCUGUGAAUGUGUGCUCGGUCCUGCGGCCUCUGGGUAUAUUCUGUUGUAAUCUGAGAGUACGGCGGCGAGUUAUUGCGCUGUUGAAGCGGUAUCCGCAGCGAGAUCUAAUUUGGGAUGGCACUCUGCACACCAUGUUUCUGGAGGCGAGGGUUGAGCUCGAGCAGGGGUCGUUGAUGAGGCCUGUCAAGGAGGACGAUGGUGUUUGUGGAUGCGUCGACGCCAUGUUUGUGUGUAGAUUUCAUCGAUGUUCGGGGGGUUACAAUUUCCUGGAGGCGGGUGGUGUUGAGUAUACGCUGAGGACGGGGCUGGAUCGAGAGCAGAAUAAGCCGGGGACAGUGAUUCGCGUUACUUGGGAUUGA